CGGAAUACGACAACUUCCAAUCAAGAGUUGCCACAUUUGCCGGUACGGCAAAAUAACUUUAACAUUGCAUCAACUAAACACCUUAACUUGAACAGAAAAAACAUAAGCCUAUAGUAGAGGGACAAUUCUCUGUCGUUAUGCACUGCCUUCGAGGAGGAUGGCUAGCUUUGCUAGCAGUAAUAAGCAUAAUGUUACCAACAGCAUAUGGUGCCAGUCUUGCUGUGAUGUCCAUUGAUCUUGGAAGUGAAUACAUGAAAAUAGGAAUUGUGAAGCCUGGUGUUCCUAUGGAAAUUGUCCUGAAUGAUGAAUCUGCAAGAAAGACAUCAACUAUUGUAGCUCUUAGAAAUGGGGAAAGAAUGUUUGGUUCAGCAGCAGAAAAUACGGCUGUGAAAUUUCCCAAGAUGGCAUAUUGGUAUUUGACACAAAUAAUUGGUAAACGAUUUGAAGACCCAUAUGUAGACAUGUACAGAAAAAGAUUUCCCUAUUAUAACAUAAUCAAGGAUGAAGUUCGAGGGACACCACUAUUUAAAGUAGAUGAUGAGACCACAUACAGCCCAGAAGAGUUGUUGGCUAUGGUGCUGGAAAAAGCCAAGAGUUCAGCUGAGGCAUUUGCAGAUACUCCUAUUUCUGAUGCAGUGAUCACUGUUCCCUCAUACUUUACACAAGCUGAGAGACGGGCUGUUAGAGAAUCUGCUGAAAUGGUGGGAAUAAAUGUCCUACAGCUGCUCAGUGAUAAUGUAGCAGUUGCUUUGAACUAUGGUGUGUUUAGAAGGAAAAUGUUCAAUAGCACUACACAGUACUACAUGUUUUAUGAUGCUGGAGCCACAAGUACAACUGCCACAAUUAUAGGAUAUCAGAUGGUGAAAGUGAAAGAAGGAGACAGAGUGGAGACAUACCCUCAGCUGUCUGUCAAGGGAGUAGGGUUUGACAAGUCAUUGGGAGGUCUGGAGAUGACUCUACGACUGAGGGAGCACCUUGCCAAGUUAUUUAAUGCCCAAAAGAAAACCAAAACUGAUGUCUUUACAAAUGAUAGAGCCAUGGGCAAACUGUUUAAAGAGGCUAAUAGACUAAAGAAAGUCCUCAGUGCGAACUCAGAACACAUGGCACAAGUGGAAGGCCUUUUGGAGGACAUUGAUUUCAAGGCCAAGGUCACUCGAGAUGAGUUUGAAGAAAUGAACAAGGAUUUGUUUGACCGGGUCCUCCAACCUAUUGAAGAUGCACUUAAAACAUCACACAUUACACUGCCAGAAAUUACAGACGUCAUUUUGAUGGGUGGUGGUACUAGAGUCCCUAAAAUGCAGGACAUGUUACUGAAAUACAUCAAAAGAGAUGUCCUGGGAAAAAGCAUAAACACAGAUGAAGCUGCAGCAUUAGGGGCUGUGUAUCAUGCUGCAGAACUUGGGAAGGGAUUCAAAGUUAAAAAGUUCUUAAUCAAGGAUGCCUGUCACUAUCCCAUUGUUGUAGAAUUUGAAAAACAGACAGCUGAAAGUACAGAGGACAAACCUAAGGUUGUCAGAAGGACCUUGUUUGGAAGAAUGAACCCAUACCCACAGAAGAAAGUGAUGACCUUCAACAAGCAUGUGAAAGAUUUCUCCUUCAAUGUCAUGUAUGGAGACUUAAGUUUCCUGAGUGCUGAGGAUUUAAAAUCCUUCCCUGAUCCUCUGAUCCACACCUAUCACUUGAAGGGAGUGGAGGAGGCACUAAAGAAACAUGCUGAAAAAGCCGAGAGUAAAGGGGUGAAGUCUCACUUCAGGAUGGACGAGGAUGGAAUCCUGCAUCUGGAUAAGGUAGAAUUUGUGUUUGAGAAAGAAGGCGAGGCAGAAGAAUCCACUUGGUCAAAGCUUGGUGAUACUAUAAGUGGACUGUUUGGAGGGAAAGACAAGAAAGAGGAGGAGAAAAAACCAGCUACAGAUGAAACGGCUCAAGAGGGAGACAAAUCCAGCGAUAAGUCUGGUGAGGGGAAAAAAGAGCCUGACGAGCAACAACCAAAGACAGACACGGGGGACAAAAAGAUUCCAGCCGAUGAGGACAAAAAGAAAGAAGAAACAACAGAAAAACCUGCUGAGGAUAAAAAGGUCGAUGAUAAUAAAACUGAUAAAAAAGACACAGAGAAAGUUGACAAUACAACAAAAACAGAAAACAAAACAGAGGAGGUCAAGCCGAAAGUGUUGGUCAUUAGAGAGGACAUCACUGCAGAGAAUGUUUCUUUUGACAUCCCUCCUAUUCCCGAUGAGUUAUUUAAGGCCUCUAAGAAAAGGCUUGCAGAAUUGACGGCUAAAGACAAAGAGAAGAAAUUAUUGGAGAAGGCUAAGAAUGACUUGGAAGCUUUUGUUUAUGACAUGGGUGACAAGAUUCAUGAUGAUGACCAUCAGAAAUGUUCCACAGAGACAGAGAGAGAGGAGUUGUCCAAAAUGUUGUCUGAUGCAGGGGAGUGGAUGUACGAACAGGAGGAAGAUGCAAAGAAAGAGGUGUUCCAAAAUAAGCUAAAAGAGUUGAAGAAAGCAGUUAAAGACCUGAAGUACCGAGUCAAGGAGCUUUUGGAGCGUCCUAAGGCUUUAGAGGCUCUGAACUCAAUGCUGAAUCAUUCUGAAUAUUUCUUGGUCAGUGUGAAGAAUUUGACAUUGGGAGAGGAUCCUAUGUUUACAGAGGUGGAGGCAAAUACACUGGAGAAGCUCAUCAAUGAGUCAUAUCAAUGGUUAGACACAAUGACAAAGGAACAAAAUCUCACCCCCCUUACACAGAAACCCAAGAUGCUGGUGGAGGAUAUUGCCAUGAAAUACCAAGCUUUAGACAGAGAAGUCAAAUACCUCAUCAACAAGGCCAAGAUAUACCGCCCAAAAGCCAAACCCAAAACCAGUAAAAACACCACUUCUACAAAUGGUACCAAAACUGAGGACACAAAGAACGAAUCUUCAACAGGAGAUGAUAAGACAGCGAAAUCUGAGAAGGAUGAGGGACCACAAUUAGAUGUACCAGAGACAGAAACUAAGGCCCCAAAAAGGAGACCCAAGUCUAAAAGAGGGGAAGAGAAAACAGAGGGAGAGGAAGAGAUUUUACAAUUAGAUGAGAGUGAUAAACAAGAAAAAUCAGAAGAUACAACAGAUAAAACAAAGGAUACAGAUGACACAGUGACACAUGACUCUAGUGAUUUAUAACCCCAUGGGAUAUUAGGAAUAAUAUAUUGAACAACUUACUCAUUACAUUUUGGUUGGAUUUAAAGAUGAAAUGUUUUGCAAUUGUGUGCUUGGCAUGCAAAGUUUACGGAAUUUAGAUUUUGGGCAAAGAAUUAAUUUCUAUAUUUUGCUGUAAGAAUUGUCAUGAGAUUUGAUUUCACAUGGACUGUGUGAACAGAAAUAAAGU